AUGCUAAAGGUGGAGCUUGAGCUCCCAGCAAUUUCCUGUAUUGCGUUCUGUGGCUCAAUACUGUUUAUACCGCCAGCUGGUCUGGCGAUUCUAUUAUCUGCAAAACAUUAUUCCGAGCUGAGUCUACAGGUUUCGGCGGGGCUCCUAGGAGGAUUGCUGCUGUGUUUAGCGUUCUGCACUUUUCUGGUGGGUGUGUUCCCCCACCGGUGGUCUACUUCAAUUAUCUAUUUUAUAUGUUCUGCUCUUGGAACAAUCUCUGGGCUCUACUGGGCGGCUGCCCGCUUCAACUCGCCCUCGCACAGCUCAAGCCUGAAAUACGAAAUUGCCUGUUUGUGUCUUUGGGUGUGCUCGAUGAUGUUCUCGACGCUGCUGCUAGGGUUCGAACUCAUGGCCCUGGUGGCAGGUCCCGAGCAAAUACCCACUGAAAAGCUCCCAGACUCCGAGCUGUAUCCUGAGUUGGGCGAAAUGCAUUCUGACUUUACCAAGUCUCCGAGCUUCCAUGUCAGUCACAAAAAGUCCGUGAGCUCGCUGCUGAGCCUGGCCAAGAUCCGGCCAACCAAGCAUAACCCCAAGGACUCCGGGAACCCUCUAGCUGGCCUAGAGGCCCUGCCUGAGGGAUUCACAGAGGCCGACUGGGACACCCAAAGCUCCGACCAGGACCGGGUCAAGUGGAUUCUCUCCCAGGCAAUAUCCCAAAGCCGUAAUGUCUCCGACUCUAGCAACCUGACGGGCGCCCUCUUUCCUGCCACAGACUAUAAUCGUCGCAUAAGCGACAUGGGCUUCCAACGAGACGAGCCAGUGCCGGUGCCCAAAGUGCGGAAGCAGUCGAGCUUCCCGCAGAGCCUUGGCGAGCGCAAGAGCCGUUCGUUCAAGUCUGCUUAA